UCCGGAUGCGGUGAAACAGCAGAGAAGUAGGAAAACACCGCACGUACAUGGAUUAAUGUAAGUGACAAGACGCCAUCCAUAAAGUCAGAGGACACGCCAGCGCCGUCCUGAAUGGAUCCACGGACACACACACACGUCGGACUGUGUGUUGACGGUAUUUUACGUCGGUUGUUUUUACUGAGUAGUCGUGUUUAUGUCUUCUCGCUAGCUUGAGCCAGCCUAGCGUUAGCUGCUCCGCGCAGACACAUAUCUUCUCUCUCCGCUGAAAUAAGACUUGUUGUCUGCUUUAUUCUUCAUAUAGUCGCUCAAUCCGUACGGGAAGAGAACCGCACUGUUCGUGUUUAAUUGCAAGCUGUUUUUGGACACUUCGAGGUCAAAGGUGCAUUUGGAAAACUCUGCACUGCCAACGUCAAGCAAAAGCUGAAGAAAGUUGUUUUUUGUUUUUUCGUAAAUUAUCCAGGGCUCGUUUGAGGAAACAGCACAUUGUAUCGGACUCGUCGACAUCUCAACAAGUGGACAAAAUGGAAGUAAUGUGGACUUCAGUCACCACACGGAAUACACAGCAGAUACUUAAAUAACACUUCCCUGUCAGCCGGUAGGCUCCACUACUUUUCCUUGUUCUGCUGACAGGGCACUUUGCAAACAGUAUCCUGUGUUUAAUCUGACUGAAGAGGAGGAAGUCUUCCCUGUUUUGGUUGCCUCUUUCUGACUUUAACUUAGAGUAAGGUCUUCAGCUCAACAGUGAAGGAUGAAUGGCCUCUCGCUCAGUGAGCUCUGCUGCCUGUUCUGCUGCCCGCCCUGCCCCAGCCGCAUCGCAGCCAAGCUCGCCUUCCUGCCCCCUGAGCCCACGUACACCUUUCUUCCAGACCCAGAGGCAGUCCCUGCUGCGCCAGGGGCAACAGGGUCGUCUAGUGUGCGGGCGCGGAGCGGUGCAUCGGUCGCUGGGGCCGGGGGAGUGGAGGGGAGAUGGAAGCUCCACCUGACAGAGCGAGCCGAGUUUCAGUACUCGCAGAGAGAGUUGGACACGACGGAGGUGUUCCUCACCCGAUCCAGCCGAGGGAACAGAGUCGGCUGCAUGUACAUUCGCUGCGUUCCUAAUGCCAGAUUUACAGUGCUCUUCUCGCACGGUAACGCAGUCGACCUGGGCCAGAUGAGCAGUUUCUACAUCGGCCUUGGCACUCGCAUCAACUGCAACAUCUUUUCCUACGACUACUCAGGCUACGGUGUCAGCACUGGCAAGCCCACUGAGAAGAACCUCUAUGCAGACAUAGAUGCUGCCUGGCAUGCCCUGCGCACACGGUAUGGCAUUAGCCCAGAGAAUAUUAUCCUGUAUGGACAGAGCAUUGGUACAGUACCCACUGUAGACCUGGCGUCGCGGUAUGAGUGUGCUGCCGUGGUUCUUCAUUCACCUCUAACGUCUGGCAUGAGAGUGGCCUUCCCUGAAACAAAGAAAACGUAUUGCUUCGACGCUUUCCCCAACAUUGAGAAGGUGUCAAAAAUCACGUCCCCGGUGCUCAUCAUCCACGGGACAGAGGAUGAGGUGAUCGACUUCUCCCACGGCCUGGCUCUGUUUGAGCGCUGCCCCAAGGCUGUGGAGCCUCUCUGGGUGGAGGGAGCGGGACACAACGACAUUGAAUUGUACAGCCAGUAUCUGGAGCGCCUGCGCCGCUUCAUAGGACAAGAGUUGGCCGUACAGCACGCCUGACCAUCACCACCAGGACCAUCAGCAAACAUCGUCAUUUUUCCUGGCCCACUUAAAGCUUCAUCUCUCUGUGUCUGAGAUGCAAGCGCGUCCAAGAGUCAUCCAAACAUCUCUCCGCUUACCACAGGGCACAGUAUGCCUUUAAUGGACCAUGGAUUAAUGUGAUAUGGAGGAAAGAAAUGCGUUCAUGAACAUCGGAAGUGCGUGAGUGUGAAAGACGGUCACAAACUGCAUUCAGACUGUUCAUUUUUUUAGCAGUCACUUUAAGAGUACAGCUGCAAUGUGUUAGCAGCACAUAUACUCCUAUACUGUGCAAUAACAUGGACAGUGUCUACAGGAAAAAGACUCUAAAUGAUGAGGAGAUUAAACAGAACAACUCAGUAAUCAUGUAGGUCAAUUACAUUGUGGUCCACAUGGAAAAUCUCUGUCAAUGUUCCAGCCUACUCAGAGUUUGUGUGCAACUUUAAAUUCUAUUGUUAACCCAAGUUAAGUGGAUAAUGGUGAAGCAUGGCGGAGCAUCUCUCUAAAGUGCUUCUGUCAUGUGUUGAGGAAUAUUUUGGUUUUCUAAUCACUUAUUGAAAUAACAAACAGGUUUGUAACUAAGUUCUGUAUAUUGAAUGCAAUCGAAUGCAAUUCAAGGUAAAGCCCCAAAAUAAAUCCUGUUUAGCAAAACUGAUUUAAAUAUAGUCUCACUUUGUAGUGAUUGGUUGUGUUGCAUUGGACUGCGUUCUAUUGAAAUGUGUUUCUAAUAUUUUAUCCCCCUCAUGUAUGUACUUGACACAGACAUACAUGGAGAUGAAUUUGAGUUUUGCGUGUUUCAUUUUGUUUUUCGCUGUACUGAACAUUUUGCUCAGGUAACCCUCUUUUAGACAUUAGGAUCCGUGUGUUCCACAUUUGUUUGUCCGUCAGCUAAAUCUCCUCAGAUCCUUUGAGCAAACAUUUCUGAAAACAGCCAAUGUGCAGUCUUUUUUUUUUUUUCAUCUUUGAUUUUAGUAACGAACCAAACUAUGAUCCCAAAACUGAGGUACAGACCAAACCGUGAGCAGUCACACCGUUAGUGUUUUCUUUCUUGUCCGUGCCCCAGACAAGGAGUGGGAUUAGCUGUGUUAAAGAAGGACAGAAGUUCAACAGCCUCAGAUAGAAAAUACCUCCAGCUCCUUCAUUUAGUGGAAUGUCUGAGAGUCUGUUUGCCCUAUCCGUUUUGUUUUAGUCUUCAUCUUCUUGUUUAUGUCUCACACGAGUAGGUCACAGCUGUCAGAGAAGUUCCUGUUUCCCUCAGUGUCUGGAACAGAGGAGCAACACUAAAAUUACACAAGCCUCGGUUUUUCUACCUCCAGCCUGCUUUUAUCUCUUUUUUUUCUUCAAUGCUGUCUGAUGGCUAUACAUAGUAAUGCACUCCAUCUUGAGGGGUGACUUUGUCAGUUUGCGAAGUGAAUGAAAACUUGCAAUCAAGUGUUCAAGUAGAGUUUUACAUUCUGGUGAGUAAAAAUCAUUCCCACCUUUUAUAUACAGAAAAGCACAGGAACCGACGUUUUAUCACAAUAUAACACAGCACUGUGGUUCUCCUAUAUGUUUUACAGUUUUAAGAGUAAGAGGCUCUUCUGGGGGAAAUCAGAAAUCCGACAGGUGGACAACAUUUCAGUUCAUUUACUGUCCCACAUGGUGACAAUGCUAUUCCAGUACUAUUCUGUGCUACAGGUAAAACUAGACUGUGUGUGAGUGAAAAAUAUCCCUCCUCAAGUCUCUUUCCUCUCUGGUUUACAGUCUUUAAGGAACUGCCUAUAACACCUGUAUGCCUGUGCGUACACGUUCCACAUAAUGGUCUAGUAUUUUUAUGUAUCUUAGGCUCAAGUUCUUGCAAACACUAUUGAUUUUAAUACACAUACCUGGGUAUAACAGUGGUACAGCACCUUUUCUACCUGCUGGUGUGAUUUUUGUAACAACUGAAAAUGGUCUCAAACUGGUUUUAUUGCCCUUUUUGAUUUGUUCUUUUUUGUGCUGAUUAUCUGGGGAAAUAUCACUAACCAAUAUACAGUAAAUUGUCUCAGUAAAUUGAUUGUGCUGUGGAAAUAUUGUAAGUAUACAGAAAAAACUGGUGGAAGAUUAUAUCAGCUGGCUGUCCUGUUCAAGUCAUUAUGGGUUGAGUUGCAAGAUGAAUUGUAAUCUCCUCCUUUUUACUGCCUAUCUUAGAUUCACCGCACUCCAUCGUGACAAAAUCCCUUCGUGCUCUCACUUAAUGGUCUGUUUUACAACCAGACACGAGUUGCAAGCGUUCAUCUUAAAGGUGCAACACUCACCAAGCCACAGAAGUGUUUUAUCUAACUGACUUGGAUUUACAUAAACCUUUAGACAGCGAGUGUUGCUUCUUAGUUGAAAGCUGAGAUUACAACUGUUUUUUCUUUUUGAAGAGAAGUUUGGAUUUUUUUUUUUCUUCUGUACGUAUGAACCAAAGUGUAAUUCUUUUAUUUCAGCGCUUUACCCAGUGUACCUGCUGCUUUCAUUGGUAUCUUCUUAACCAAAGCAAAAAUGUUUAAAUUUCAUUUCUUUUUUUAUUUAUCCAUGUGAUUGUUCUGAUCUUUUUCCACUAUAUAAUACAUUUGAUAACAAAUUAAAUGUAAAUUUGUCAGAUUGCUCAGUAAUUGUUUCAUCAUAUCAAGUUUGGUUUCAAAUAUGCAGCAACAGAUUUUAAAUAGCAAAAAUUAUAGUUGUGGGUGUUUUUGGUCUUUUUUUUUUUUUUUAAACCGUUGAAAUGUAUUAUUUGUGGAGGAGUAUAACUAAGCAAUACAGCAAAGCUGUGAGUUUGUGUUUAGAAAAAAAAAGUGUGUGGGACGAUUAAAGAACAAUGACAGGAGCUUCAAGUAGACAAAUGAAAAGCUUUUGUUUGUCUUUUAUUCAGAUGUUUGGAUUUCUGGAGUAACACAACUGUGGGCAUCAUUUUUUGUCAUCACACAUUGUUAUCCACUGUUUAUUAUACUGACUCAUUUUUAGUUUUUAAAGAUUUUGUCUUUUUCCCCAAGAAUUUAAGAGAAGAAGUUAAUAAAACAUAAUCAAUAAUUGAUAA